CCUUCCUCACUAAGAAAAGCACGUAACAAAAGCGAACUCCCUAACACCAAAGCCGCUACCCGGUCAAAGAUAUCAAAAUCAGAUCUAAAAAUUUUCCCGAAAAAUGGCUCUCGAAUGGGUAGUGCUAGGAUAUGCUGCGGGUGCAGAAGCCAUCAUGGUGCUCCUCCUAACAAUCCCUGGCCUCGACGGACUCCGCAAGGGCUUGAUUGCUGUAACACGUAACCUCCUGAAACCCUUCUUGUCGGUGGUCCCCUUCUGCCUCUUCCUUCUGAUGGAUAUAUAUUGGAAAUACGAGACGCGCCCUCACUGCGAUGGCGAUUCAUGUACUCCGUCGGAGCAUCUUCGUCACCAGAAAUCCAUCAUGAAGAGCCAACGCAACGCGCUUCUCAUAGCCGCCGCUCUAAUUUUCUAUUGGCUGCUUUACUCUGUUACUAACCUUGUUAUUAAGAUUGAGCAGUUGAACCAGCGCGUUGAGAUGCUUAAAAAUCGCGAUUGAGUGAGAUAAGUGCUUAUUUUGAGAAUGCUUGUAUUUGGGGUAUCUUUUUGUGUAAAUUUCCUUUAUGAUGUGUUGGGAUAAUUUGAAGGAUUUAUAUGAUGAAAAUUAUAUGUUGUUAUUUUUG